UAUGACUUCCGCAUUCGUCUGACGUCACGCCGCCUCCUUUCCUCCGGUCUCGUUAACGUGUCUGCAGAACAAGUCGUUUCUCACAGCAGCUGCUGACGUAUUUAAUACCAGGCUAAGGAUGGUCCAGAUCAGCCGUCAGCGGUGGGGGGAGGUCCCUGGCCUUGGCAGUGUGGACAUGUGGGUCCUCCAGUCCCCCGGGCUGCGAGUGGAGGUCCUGACCCUUGGCGCCAUCAUCAGGUCUUUGAGCUGCAGGGGGAAGCGUGGGCAGAUGGAGGAUGUGGUCCUGGGCUACGACAACCUGGAAGGCUACGUGUCAGAUAAACGGUAUCUGGGCGCCGUGGUGGGUCGGGUGGCAAACAGGAUCGCCAAAGGACGCUUUGUGGUGGAAGGAAAGGAGUACCAGCUGGAUACCAACAACGGACCAAACGCUCUGCAUGGAGGUCUGCGGGGCUUCAGUCAGGCGCUCUGGGUUGCUACAGAGAUUGAAGGUGGUGUGAUGCUCAGUCUGACGAGUCCAGAUGGAGACCAGGGCUAUCGUGGUGAGGUCCAGGUGUCUGUCUCCUACACACUGCAGGGGGAAACUCUAACUGCUGAUUACCGCGCCCGGUCCACCAGAACCACCCCCAUCAAUCUCACCAACCACUCCUACUUCAACUUAGCUGGGCAGGGAGCAGCAGACAUCUAUGACCAUGAAGUGUCCAUCAAUGCUCAGUCAUACCUGCCUGUUGAUGACACGUCCAUUCCCACAGGAGAGAUCAGGCCUGUGGAGGGCUCGCCCUUUGACCUCCGGGUCCAGGUUCCUGUUGGUUCCCGACUGAAGGAGCUUCCUGGCCUGGGCUUUGACCACAACUUCUGCCUGUGUUCCCCCAGAGACGAGUGGACAGAAAGACAAGCUGCCAGAGUCUUCCACCCACCCAGCGGCCGUGUGCUGGAGGUGUCAACCAGCCAACCGGGGAUCCAGUUCUACACUUCCAAUGUUCUGGAUGGCUCCAUCAGAGGGAAGGGGGGGGUGGCGUACGGCCGCCACUGCGCCUUUUGUCUGGAAACACAAAACUGGCCCGACGCCGUUAACCAGGUGUCGUUUCCUGACGCCCUGCUGCGUCCUGGGGAGGAGUACCAUCACGUGACCCGCUUCACCUUCACCACGGUCUAAGCGCCGGCCCUGAUUGGACGGCUUAACGGGAGCAGAGAUUUUGCUUUUGUUCAGGAACUUUUCAGGAAUAAAAUCAGAUGAAGGCA